AUGUCUGAACUAGAAGCUCCAUGUAUUGAGCAGGAACCAUCUGACACUCAAGGGAAGCCUACUGAAGAAGCUACUGAAGUGGAGAAUAAUAAGAGAUCAUUGCUUGAUGAUGAAGAAACUAAGGAGAAUUUAAGAUCUAGGCAAAACAUAGGUGACAUAUCAGAAACAUCGUUCAAUAAUGAGGCUUCAAUAGAACUGUCAAAACAACUAGAGGAAAUUAACCCCAGAUCUGUUGAGCAACUUGAAGGUGAAUCUGCAAGACUUGCUGACUCUGAAGCAAGCAUUGACAUAUCAAAAUCUAAGGGGGAGCAUUCUAGUCCAAAAGUUCCUGGACUUAAGGAAGAAGAGGAGUCAACAAAUCUUCCAAGAGAUAUUGCUGAAGAAGUUAUCCUCGUCAGCCAUUUUAGCGAUCCAUCAAUAAAUAAGAAGGAAAAUGUGGAGAAUUUAAGGUCUUUUGAAGGCAUUGAAGGUGAACCUCAAUUUUCAACUGGACAGGAGAUAUUUGUGGAACCACUAAAACCAGCCAGCGUUACUUCCUUAGAGGGUCAUGACUGCAGUCCUGGAGUUCUAACUAAAACUGAAACAGUUGUCGUAUCAUCUCAAGCAAUCGAGGAUGCUGAUAAUUCAAACACCAGAAAGGAAGCUAAUGAGUCCGGAACACGAAUAGCAGACCAGGAAAUCGAAGACUUGUUAAAGCCAGCAGAGGCCAUUGGCACCUCAGAAACCACAAAGGACGUCCGAGGUGAUCCUAAAGAUUUAACAAAUCAAAAGGCUGUCCUCAACACAUCAAAACCAGCAGUUGAUGGUGAAAAUACCUUAGUGGCUCUUGAAGCAAAGGAUUCUGCAGCUGUCAUUAUUCAUAAUGUGAACGAACCAGUGGCGAGUGAAUUUAUCAGCAAUGAGAAGUUCGAUCAUGUACAAGACAGUAAAGAUGAAUCUCAAAGAUUAGAUAGACAAGAAAAUAUUAUGGAAACACUUAAAGCAGUGGAGGUUACAAAUUCAGAAUCCAUCAGAGACAUUGAAGGUGAAUCAAAAGAUUUGGCUGAAGAUGAAGUUAAUGUCACCCCACUACAGCUAGCGAGUGAAAUCGAUAGUUCAAAUGACAGAGAUAACACUGAGGAAACCAGAAAGUCUAUUGUUCACGAGAAUGUGAUGGACAUAUCUAAGCCAAGCACGGGUAAUGAUAUCGUAAGGGACCUUGAAGAUAACAAAGGCAAAUCUGAAGACAAUGAUGGACAGAUUCACCAAUCAUCGAAACACAAUGAACUCUGA